AUGGAGAAAGCAGCAGCAUCGUUCGGCAUCGAACGGCCCAUCAUUAGAUGGAUAGCCGCUAUGCUCCGAACGAGAGCGGUCUCCUCCUCCCUAAGCGACAGCACGGUCAGGGCGCUCGCGGGAAGGGGCUGCCCGCAGGGCGGGGUUAUCUCUCCCCUGUUGUGGCUCCUCGUUGUGAAUGGGCUCCUGGCUGGGCUAGAAGAGCUAGGGGCGGAGGCGAUAGGCUAUGCAGACGACGUAGCGCUGCUUGUGUCCAGUAAGGACGGCGGCACGCUAUCUUUUAAAAUGCAAAAGGCACUAGAUCACGUCCAGCGAUGGUGCACAUCAAAUGGCCUCAAGGUUAACCCCAGAAAGACCGAGAUGGUGCUCUACACUGACAAGAGGAAAUUGGUGGUCAAACCCCCCUCUAUCUAUAACACAGUACUGAGCUUCUCAGAGGACGUAAAGUACCUGGGUCUAUGGAUCGACAGAAGACUCAGCUGGAAAAAGCACAUCAACAUGCAAACCAGCAAAGUCAUAGGAACAUACUGGGACUGCAGAAGGAUGUUUGGAAGCACGUGGGGGCUAAGACUCAAGGUCGUAAGAUGGAUCUAUACAGCCAUCAUGCUCCCACAACUAACCUAUCCAGCUGUUGCCUGGUGGCCGGCCAUGAACAAGGCCUGCCACAGGAAAACGAACGACUCCCACCUCGGCAUUGGAGGCGCUACUCUUCAUGCAGCCGCCACACCUCAUCAUAAGAGAUGUGGCGCUGUCAACAGCAGCCAGGCGGAAACUAACUGGCACCUGGAGGGAAGCCACCUGGAGGAAGCCAAGAAGGGACAUGCUUUGCUCCUUACGGAGGACAGGGUGCUCUUUGGCUCGCUGUCCAAAGGGGGAGACGCAUGCAGAACUGAAUGGCACCGUCACAAGAGGUUCAAAGUCAACCUAGGCACUGUGGACACACAGGCCUGGGUAGACUCUAAAUGGUCGCCACCUCACGGGCUGGUCUGGUACACGGACGGCUCCAAGAGGUGCGGCCGAGCGGGAGCAGGAGUGUGGUCCAAUCGACCCUCCGCUGAGAAGGCCCUUGGACUGGACCCACACGCCACCCCGCUUCAAACAGAAUUAGCUGCCCUGAGAGCCUGCGCCAGAAUCAUACUGGCCAGGCAGGACAAGGGCAAGGUCGUUCAUAUUAAUGGAGCAUACCCCAAAUCUGUCAAGGAACAAUUUAAUUCUGGAAGCGUUCCUUAUGAGUUGAUUAUUCAGUCUAAUACAAGUGUUACAGAUUUGGGUAAAAUGAAGUUUCCUCAAAUAUCCGAAAACAGUGAACAGGUGCUCGUUCCUUUGACUGAAGUCGCUAAUCAUAAAAAAAUUAUUGGCUGUGAGAGGUUUCAUUAA